AUGGCCCCACGCGACAUCUUCCUCGUCUCAAUACGACGUACUACGAAUAUACGUGCCCACUUUGCAACUUGGGUUCCCUCAGCAAGCGAUCCGGAGAAGGGCAGAUUGAUUGAGUUCGUCGGUACACCUAUGGAGGGCUUCAAGCACCAAUUCAGGCGAGGCCAUGCCCCGACUCCAAUCAGCAAGAAGGGAGAUCUUGAGACUACCGCCUGCCAAGUUCCAGCUCCCAGGGCCAGUGAGAACUUUAUGGCUCCCGUUAAUGAUACCACCAACAAAAGAUGUCAAGAGUGGAUUAUGGAAUACGUGAGGCUCCUGGUUGACAAGGGAUACAUUGAUGCGGAGGCGAUUGAUGUUGCUAAUUCUAAUCGUGACCCUCCUACUCAUGGUAUUGGUCUACGGCCAGUAGCUUCACGAUCUGGGAAUUGA